CAUGGGACCAUGGGUAGCUAUACCAUUUUUUUCAGAUUGAAUUUUCCUUCACUCUUAAAACAAUUUGCUUUAGGUUAAAGGCCUGGAAUGUUUGGUGGUUAACAUCUACAUUGUUAAUAUUCAUUAUAUAACCACCUUCAUUUGCCUCUUCUUUAUCACCCAUCCCACCAACCAAACAAUAAUCCAUGGCCUCCAUGGCUCCCAUUUCUCUCCUCACCUUUGCUCUCAUUCUCGCAAUUUCUACUGCAGACUUUGACUUGCUUCAAGAUAUUUGUGUUGCGGAUCUCGCUUCCGUGAACGGAUUUGCAUGCAAAACAAACAUAUCUGCCACCGACUUCUUCUUCAAUGGACUUGCCAGCCCAGGCCUCACCAACACUACAUCAGGUGCAGUGGUCACCGGAGCCAAUGUACAAAAAAUCCAAGGCCUCAACACUUUAGGAGUGUCCCUCGCACGCAUUGACUACGCCCCUGGUGGCCUCAAUCCACCCCACACACACCCACGUGCCACCGAGAUAGUGUUUGUUCUCGAAGGCAAGCUAGACGUUGGCUUUAUAACUACAGCCAAUGUGCUGAUAUCCAAGUCCAUCAAGAAGGGAGAAAUAUUUGUUUUCCCAAAGGGACUGGUGCACUUCCAAAAGAACAAUGGGAAGGACGCUGCUGCAGUGAUUGCAGCAUUCAACAGCCAAUUACCAGGAACUCAGUCUAUUGCUGCCACUCUAUUUGCAGCAACUCCUUCAGUGCCGGAUAACGUACUCACCAAAGCUUUCCAAGUUGGAACCAAAGAAGUAGAGAAAAUCAAGUCUCGCUUUGCCCCCAAAAAGUAAAACAAAUGCUUCUUUUACGCAUAUAGUUUGACCCAACAUCAACAUACAUACACAAAUAUCCUACUUCAAAUGCAUGUUUCUUUCAUAUUCAUCAUUGUACUAAUCCUAAAAAUAUCAUUGUUUAUUUGAUAUA